AUGUCCAGGUUUCGAGGACUAUUGCAAGCUUCCUUAAAUGCAACCAAGAAGGCACUUACAUGGAAUGUUGAAGACCUGGUGCCUCCAACUGAGAGAUAUAUUUUCAAUUUCAAUUCGAAGGAUGAGCUCAAGAAGUGGCAUCUAUAUUCUGAUUCCGAAUAUGGAGGGUUGUCCUCGGCAUCUUUAGAGAUCCCAGAUACUGGAAAUGGACCCAACGGAAUUUUCUCGGGUAACCUUUCGUUGGAUUUCAUUGAGGGUUCAAAAUUGAAGAUAAACAGGAGUGGCUUUUGUGGAAUGCGGUCCAAAAAGUUUGACGGCUUCAUUGAUUUGGACCCAUAUGAUACCGUAGCACUGAAAGUUAGAGGAGAUGGAAGAUGCUACAUAUCUACGAUCUAUACAGAAAAUUGGGUAAAUUCACCUGGGCAAGAGGAAGAUAAUUCGUGGCAAGCUUUUGUUUUUGUACCCAAAGACAACUGGUACAUUGCAAAGAUUCCUCUUGCCCGGUAUCUACCAACAUGGAGAGGAAAUGUUAUAGAUGCAGAAAUGGAAAUGAAUCCUUCUCGCGUUGUUGGUAUGUCUCUAUCAGUCAAUGCAGAAGGUGGUCUCCCAGGUGCUAGAGUUGGACCGGGUGAUUUCAAGCUCGAAAUUGAUUGGAUCAAGGCUUUAAGAACACAGUGA